AUUUUCUGUUUUUAGGAAAUGUCUCAGGGAGACAAGAAAAGACCAGCUGGGCUUACACUCAUUAAUGAGCCCCUGGCAGAGAUCAGUGAGGAGACUUUCGUCCCAAGAGUGAGAUUUUACAUUGGCAGUGAGGGUGAUGAGCCUGGUGGCGAGCCUGUGUACACUGAAAUUGAGAGAUUCUUCCAGGUAUACAGUUACCACCUGAGAGAUGAUGGAUAUGAGGAGAGGAUUGUCAUUGGCAACGAGGAUGAGGACGGUGAUGCCACAGAGCCCGUCUGCACAGAGCCUGACAACAUAAUGGGCAGCACCACAGAGGAUGACAUCACUCCAGACCUCAGAGAUGAUGGAAAUGAGGAGAGGCUUGUGACAAUUGAGGAAGAGGAGGACAAAGUAGAAAAAGAAAUAACAUCUGAGAAAAAGCCCAAAAUUAAAUUUUUUGAAUGGAUUCGGGGCAGGUGUGGCAGACGGUCAAGGAAGACACCUGACAAUGCCGGAGACCAUAGAGAACUCCUGAGACCCACAGUGACCUGCGUUCCGGCUGGAGGGAGAUCCCGGAAAUGGCAGUCAUGCCCCUCCCAUACCUAUGGAAGGUAUAGCCAACUGGCGGGGCAGUCUGGUGGACAGAUGGUUAUCCUGCUCAGUCAGUACUUUGUGCACACCUCAAGUACAGCUAUGAGGAAAAAGGACACAAAAACCUUUUGCCAGUGGUUUAGAUCCAAGUUUGGCAGAAAGUAAAAAAAAUGCAAGGCAGAGCUGCACUAAGACCUAAUGAGCCCUAUCUAACAUCCUGGUUUUGCCCAAACCAACCACUUAAUUUACAUUUUAAUCUAAAUUUUAAUCUUCAUUUUAAUUUGAAUCUACAUUUUAAUCUACAUCUUCAUCUAUGUGUGUUUUUAAUUCAACUUUUCAUCUUUUUU